AUGGCCACUCGUUACCGCACUGACAGAAAGAUGAACGUGUUUUCGCUCAUUGAAAUUGUGGAGAAGGGGGGGGGGCACGCGGAACCGAGGGAAAUCAAUAUCUCGAAGACGAUUGGACCCGAUCGACCUGCUGUCCGCGAGCGCUCCUGUCAGCUGCUGGCAAACAAGAGCGAACAGAUGCCGUUGAAAAGCACUGGCUGUCAACCGUUCUACACGCCGCCUUUCUAA